CAGGUGCCUUCUGACUGCAAUGGAGCAGUCACUCCAGCAGGUGGCGGUGUGGCGUAAGACACCCAAGAAAGACGAAGAAGUCCGGUCUUCGACAACACAUGCUUCCUAAUGCGAAAGUCCCAGCAAUGUCUUGGGUCAAAGCCGCGUCGAAAAGCGAGGACGACGUUUUUGACGAGACGGCGGACGACCUUCAUCUGUUAAGUAAAGAAUGGGAGUCCAGCAUGAAGAAAAGAGUCAGGGAUGGUUAUGUGGACGGUGCUGAUGCUGGGGAGGAGGCUGCACUGUCGGUGGGCUUCAGAGAAGGCUUCAGGGAAGGAGCAGCUAGGACUAUGGCUGUUGGUCGACUUAGAGGAAUUGUAAGUGCAAUUGGAAGCUGGUACCAAAUCCAGCAUCCAGACCACACCGUCCCCGCCUCUAUUACAGACCUCCUGCAGCGUGUGUCACAGCAUGAACGAUCUAUCAUAGCGCAAGUCACGAAAGAGAUGGAGAACCCGCCUCCCAGCGUGGACGACGUGUCGGAGAGCAUGGAGGACCUGGAGGUGGCGCGGCAGGCAGGCUCAGCAGAAGGCUGCCACAAGAGCGACUGCUGCAAGUCAACAGCACAAAUGGACACAGAGUCUCAUCUCAAGUCACAAACGUUGCAUUCCACAUGCAGCGCAAGCUCCUCCGCUUGUAGAGGCGGCUUCAGUGAGCUGCUGCAGCAAUGCGAGGGUCUUGUGUUGGAGAUGGGACUGCCUUUGGAGCUGAUGGAGCACAUAGGAGAACUGAAGAACCUUUAAUUCCUAUGUUGGGUACAGAGAUAUUUGCUAUAUUUUAGCCUUUUUUGUCCUAUGAUAUGUUAGGGUGGCCCACAUUGUUAAAUAUAUUUAGCCUUUUUUUGUAUUGCAAUAUUGAAAUGUAAAGGGAUUUAUAACUCUUUAAUGAAGAAAAUAAAAAUAGCAGUUGCACAAAACCUCAGUCUUGCCUCUUUUGGCCUU